AUGUCCUUGGGAACCCCCGCAAGUUGCGCUGGAAGCCCUGUGGACGAAAUCUGUGCGAGGUGUGGCCGUUCCUUGGAAAGUGCAUCCCUUCUGUUGGUGUGUGAACAUCACCUUUGCUUGCAAUGCGCUGCAGAGUCCCUGGAGAAACGUGGGACACACGUCGUGCAGUGCAAGGCAUGCAACGCCGUCACAGAGGUCGACGCUGCCGCGGCAUCGUACCUGGAGGGCCUCUGCUCGUCGCCGUCGCAGUCGACUCGCCUGGCAAGUGGAUUUGCAAGCCCUGCUGUUCAGACAUCGCGCGAUCUCUCUGACGACACGUCCCCAAUGGUGCUGCCUCCUCCUGUCCCGCAGCCGGCCAGACGCAAAGAGCCAUCCUGGAGCAACAGUGCUGUAGAUGCUCCUAGCAAAGAGAGGCUUGGCAAGACGAAGCUUGGCGCUGCAGUGUGCAGCCAGCCGAGUGUCUCUCCGAAUUCUCCGAGCUCCGUCAUUGAGAGCAUGGAGAACGUGCCGCAAGGAGAUGCCCGCCGCUGCGGACAGUGCGAGGACGGCCCAGCGGAGAUCCACUGCGAUCAGUGCCAGGAAACCUUCUGCAAAGGAUGCUCGGAUGCAACUCAUCGGCAGGGCAGAAUGACCAAGCACUGUUUGCAGACGAUUACUUCAGAGCUCUGGAAACCAGGUGCACUAGCACCUCCGAUCGCUGCCCCGUCACUGAGCCGACGCUUCCAUGCUUGUCCUGGGCAUCCGGAGGAGCCGGUGAACUAUUUUUGCUUGGACUGCGAGUCUAGCUGUGUGUGUGCUGAAUGUUGCCUUCAUGGAAAGCAUCGUGGGCACUCUGUCCAAUGUGUCCUGAAGGCUGUCUGCAUGUUGCCUGACAGAGCAGAGGAGCUGUUGUCGGCCACACGGAUCGAGAGCAAGCGUCUGGCAAGCAUGGUGAAGCAUUUAAGCCAAAAGAGGCUCGAAGCGGCCAAGCUCGUACAGCGAGGUACGGAGGACUUGCAGACAUCGCUGCGAGAAGUGGCCUUGGCCGCGCAGAAGGAAGAGUCCACACUGAUGCAAGAAGCAGAUGCACGUGCUUCUGAGACAAUGCGGCUGCAGAGGCAGGAGGAACAAGAGGGGCGCCUCGCCGAAGCAUACAGACAGUUAUCUGAGUUUUACCAAGUUGGUGAUGCCGUGCCUGCCUUGAGAUGGUACGCCCGCCUCCAGAAGGAGUUGCGCUCUCCUGACCCAGUGGCAGGCGGAGCUGCUCUUCAGCAGGUGAGGUUGCGGCAAAGUUCCUUUUCCCACACCUGCUGCCGACUUAAGGAGGUCACUAAUCGCGUGGCAUCCGUCAAGGCACCACAGGCUGCAGAGGUGAUGCUGCCACACCAAUCUGGGUGA